AUGUCUCAAACAGUGGGCUUGUCCGAUGUGUUGUUAGGAUCAUGGGAUCUUGAAAAAACAGAUGCGUUUAUGACUCAUUAUGUGCCAACCUCAUAUAAAAUUACUGUUGCAUAUUUGUUAGCAAUUUAUCUUGGACAAAAAUUUAUGCGAAAUAGGAAACCGUUUGAAUUGGACGGUGUAUUAGCUGCAUGGAAUUUCAUGUUUUCAUUGUUCUCUGCCGUAGCUGCCUACAAGUUGAUUCCAGAAUUAUUCCAAGUUUAUCGCAAGGAUGGUUUCAUAGGUACAUAUUGCUACAAUCAUGAUUACUACACGAAUCCUUCAACUGGUUUUUGGGGUUGGGCUUUCGUUAUGUCUAAGGCUCCAGAACUUGGAGACACCAUGUUCCUGGUCUUGAGGAGAAGACCAGUCAUAUUCAUGCAUUGGUAUCAUCAUGCCCUCACAUUCGUGUAUGCCGCCAUUACCUACUCAGAACAUCAAGCCUGGGCCCGUUGGUCUCUUGCUCUUAACCUCAUCGUUCAUACAAUAAUGUACUUCUACUUUGGAGUGCGUGCUUUGAAGAUUCAAACACCGUCACCGGUGGCAAAGUUCAUCACAACCAUACAGAUUGUACAAUUCGUCAUUGGAUGCUAUAUUUUCUCACAUCUUGUCAUCAUCAAAACGUACAAUCAGAUUCCAGACUGUGCUGUGAGCUGGAACGUACUGUCAAUCGGUGGCCUCAUGUACCUCAGUUAUCUUUACCUCUUCGCUGAAUUCUUUUACAAGGCCUACAUCAGAAAAAGAUCACCGACAAAAACGAUGAAAACGCAGUAA